AUGGCCCCCUCAGCCGUAGAAGCCCCGGUCUCAACCGACAGAGUCCCCGUCGAACCAUGGACUCGUCCUGCACCUACAACUAAGAACCUCGACUGGGCCCCGCUGGUCCAGAUCGACCUUUCCCGCUUCGACGAGCCCGGCGGAAAGCAAGAACUGGCCAAACAACUAUACGAUGCAGUCACUCGCGUUGGAUUCUGGGUGGUGGUUGGCCACGGACUCGAUGAUGAUCGGGUGCUUCGCCAGUUCAGCCUUGGGAAUGCGUUCUUCAAGGAGCCGUUGGAAGAAAAGCGGAGCGUUGCAUGCAACUUCGCCGAGGGGGAGUACUUCGGGUAUCGGGAGAAUAAGCGGUGGAUUGCGGAUACGGGGGUGAAGGACAAUAUCGAGGCGCUCAACAUCCCUAAAGCAAUUCCUGCAUGGGAGCACAUCCCCAAACCCCGGAUCAUUCGACAGAACUACGAUGAGAUCGCGAGCUUCCACCGCGACCUCUUCGAUACGGUCAUUCGGAAGCUCUUCAUCUUAAUAGCGAUUAUCCUCGAAUUACCAGAAGACUACCUCCUCAACGCACAUGCCUACGAUGAGCGAUCGGAUGACCACCUCCGGUAUAUGCUCUACAACACCCGAACCCAAGAACAAUGGGACAAGGCGCAGGCGUAUACAAAAGGCGGACAUACCGAUUACGGCAGUCUCACCCUGCUGUUCUCGCAGCAUGUGGCUGGUCUACAGAUCCGAACGCCCGAAGAGGAGUGGAAGUACGUCAAGCCUGUGGACCGGGGGAUUACAUGCAAUCUUGGCGAAUCUACGUCCUUUCUUACAAACGGAUUCCUCAAAUCCACUAUCCACCGGGUUGUCACGCCUCCAGCGGAUCAGAUCAGGAUCCCCCGUCUAGGACUGCUCUACUUCUGCAGACCUGGAGACCAGGCUAUCAUGAAGCCGGUGCCGUCGCCUUUACUGGAUCGUCUUGGUUUGCUCACUGAGGACGACAAGGAUGGCAGUAAGCCUGCUGCAACAGGGACAGAAUACGUCCGCGCUAGGGUCAAGGAUGUGCAUCACCGGCCUGUGAUUGAUCAUUCCGAGAACGCGUCGUUCGAGUUCAAGGGACUCAAGGUGCAGAAUUUCUAUGAGUAG